UGCAGCAUCCUCUGCAAGGAAAGGAAUGUGCCAGUCUGGGACGCGCCGUCCUGUCCGCGCGGCAGCACCUAGGGCGCCCUCUGGACUGCCAGGGGCCGGCGUCUGGCGCUGCGCGGCGCGUUUGGGUCGGUGCUGAUGUCAAGUGGGUGUGGGCUCUUCGCAAAGGCCCAGGCGAGGACGAGGAGGGCGCACGAUGUGCGGUGGGCGCUUGGAGGCCCAGCCACAUUCUGUGGCUCAAAGCUGUUGACCGGUGGCCCACCGGGGCCCGAGCGGGCGCAUGGAGCCUUGGCGCUGCUCGCCCCGGGAUGCACGCCCCGCAAACCUGGAGUGCUGGGGAGAGCCGCGGGCAGCCUGCAGCCACAACCAGCAGACCACAACCUUCAGGCAUCCUGUGACUGGACAGUUUUCUCCAGAAAACACUGAAUUCAUUCUUCAGGAGGAGCCACACCCACAUAUGUCGAAGCAAGAGAGAAACCAAAGACCAUCCAGCAUGGUCAGUGAGACAUCCACAGCUGGGACCACGUCCACCCUGGAGGCCAAGCCUGGACCCAAGAUCACCAAGUCCAGCAGUAAAGUGCACAGCUUUGGGAAGAGAGACCAGGCCAUUCGGAGGAACCCCAAUGUCCCGGUGGUGGUGAGGGGCUGGCUGCACAAACAGGACAGCUCCGGCAUGAGGUUGUGGAAAAGACGAUGGUUCGUGCUCGCUGAUUACUGUUUGUUUUAUUAUAAAGACAGCCGAGAAGAAGCAGUUCUCGGGAGCAUCCCUCUGCCUAGCUACGUCAUCUCCCCAGUGGCCCCAGAGGAUCGCAUAAGCCGCAAGUACUCCUUUAAGGCUGUGCACACGGGAAUGAGGGCGCUCAUCCACAGCUGCGCCACAGUGGGCUCCCAGGCUGAGUACUCGGGCAUGAGGACCUAUUUCUUCAGUGCUGACACCUUGGAGGACAUGAACGUCUGGGUCAGGGCCAUGAACCAGGCUGCACAGGUGCUGUCUCGAUCAUCACUGAAGAGGGACAUGGAUAAGGUGGAGCGGCAGGCCAUGCCACAGGCCAACCACACCGAGGCCUGUCAAGAAUGUGGCCAUAUGGGACCUGGGCACUCCAGAGAUUGUCCUCAUCGAGGCUACGAAGACUCCUUUGGCUUUGAAAGGAGGGAGCCAGAGGAGGAACGCUACCGUUCUCAAAGGGACCCACUGGAAGGCAGGCGGGACAGGAGCAAGGCCAGGUCUCCAUACUCGCCAGCUGAGGAGGAUGCCUUGUUUGUGGAUCUACCUGGUGGGCCCCGAGGCCAGCAAGCACAGCCACAGCGGGCUGAGAAGAACGGUGUGCCACCUGUCUCUUAUGGCCCAGGAGAACAAAAUGGGACGUACCAGCGGACUGUUCCUCCCAGGGCCAACACAGAGAAACACAGCCAGAUUCGGAAGACCAACCUGGCCCAGGCAGAGCACUGGGCAAAGACUCAGAAGGGGGAUAGCAGGAGUUUGCCCUUAGACCAGACACUUCCUCGCCAGGGUCCCAGUCAGCCCCUGUCCUUCCCAGAAAACUACCAGACUCUUCCCAAGAGCACCAGAUACCCAUCUGGGAGCUCUUCACCCCCUCCCCGGAACCUGCCCAGUGACUACAAGUAUGCACAGGACCGAGCCAGCCACCUGAAGAUGUCUAGCGAGGAGCGUCGGGCACACAGGGAUGGCACUGUGUGGCAGCUGUACGAGUGGCAACAGAGGCAGCAGUUCCGGCAUGGCAGCCCUACAGCACCCAUGGGAGCUGGCUCUCCAGAGUUCCCUGAGCAGGGCCACAGCCGGAGCAUGCUGGAGGUGCCCCGCUCCAUCUCCGUGCCUCCAUCCCCUUCUGACAUCCCUUCUCUAGGGCCUCCCAGGCCCUUCCCACCCCGGCGGCCACAUACACCAGCAGAAAGGGUCACAGUGAAGCCGCCCAACCAGAGGAGGAGUGUGGACAUCUCACUGGGGACUUCUCCCAGGAAGGCACAGGGUCAUGCUAUGAAGAGCUCCUCUCAUGUGGACAGGCGUUCCAUGCCGUCCAUGGGUUACAUGACGCACACAGUCAGCGCUCCCAGCUUACACGGGAAAUCGCUGGAAGAGCUCUCGCUGCUGCUCACCCGGUUGCAGCGGCACCAGGCCAAGUUGGCUAGUGUGCGCAAUUUCGCCGUGGGCCAGUUACUGCACCACUACUUGACCUUUCCUGCCUGCCAGGCUGAUGACACCUACCUCCAGCUGAAGAAGGACCUGGAGUACUUGGAUCUAAAGAUUAAAAAUAAUGAACCUUUGAUCAACGUGCUUUACAAAGUGCUGAAGAAGUCAGCACGGGGCUGUCGGCCCGGGAGAAGCAUGACAGGCCGAGAUCUUCUUAAGGAUCGAAGUCUGAAGCCGAUGAAGAUCGCUGAGAGUGACAUUGAUGUCAAGUUGAGUGUUUUCUGUGAACAAGACAGGAUCCUCCAGGACUUGGAAGACAAGAUCCGAGCUCUCAAGGAGAAUAAAGACCAGCUGGAAUCCGUGCUGGAGGUGCUGCACAGACAGACUGAGCAGUACCGAGACCAGCCGCAGCACUUGGAAAAGAUCACUUGCCAGCAGAGGCUCCUCCAGGAGGACCUCGUCCACAUCCGGGCAGAGCUCUGCAGAGAGUCCACAGAGAUGGAAAAUGCCUGGAAUGAGUACCUGAAGUUGGAGAGGGAUGUGGGACAGCUGAAGCAGACCCUGCAGGAGCAACACAGAAGAGCUUUUUUCUUCCAGGAGAAGUCACAGAUACAGAAGGAUCUGUGGAGGAUUGAAGACGUCAUGGCAGGCUUGAGUGCGAAUAAAGAGAACUAUAGAGUCCUGGUGGGAUCUGUCAAAAAUCCAGAAAGAAAAACGGUGCCUUUGUUCCCCCACCCAUCCGUGCCUUCACUUUCUCCAACUGAGAGCAAGCCAGCCCUGCAGCCUAGUCCUCCCACCAGUCCUGUGCGGACACCUCUGGAGGUCCGACUCUUCCCACAGCUGCAGACCUAUGUGCCAUACAGACCUCACCCCCCGCAACUGAGGAAAGUGAUGUCCCCUCUUCAGUCUCCAACCAAGGCAAAGCCUGAGGUGGAAGACGAGGCACCUCCCAGGCCACCACUUCCCGAACUCUACAGCCCAGAAGACCAGCCCCCAGCUGUGCCACCUCUGCCUAGAGAAGCCACCGUCAUACGGCACACAUCUGUGCGGGGUCUCAAGCGACAGUCGGAUGAAAGGAAGAGGGACCGGGAGCAGGGCCAGUGUGUGAAUGGGGACUCAAAGGUGGAGCUCCGGUCCUAUGUGAGCGAGCCAGAGCUGGCCAGCCUCAGUGGGGAUGUGCCUCAGCCCUCCCUGGGCCUCGUGGGCUCUGAGAGCGGGUACCAGACACUGCCAGGCAGAGGGCUCUCGGGCUCCAUGUCUAGGCUCCAGCAGUCAUCCACCAUUGCUCCCUAUGUCACACUCCGAAGGGGUCUGAAUGCCGAAAACAGCAGUGUCACCUUCUCUAGACCCAAGAGUGCCUUGGAGCGCUUGUACUCAGGGGACCACCAGCGAGGAAAGAUGAGUGCGGAGGAACAGCUGGAGCGGAUGAAGCGACACCAGAAGGCCCUGGUCCGGGAGCGCAAGAAGACACUGAGCCAAGGAGAGAGAACGGGCCUGUUCUCAGGCCGAUACCUCGGCCAGCCACUGCCUGGAGAUCUUGGCUCAUGGAAGCGAGAACAAGAUUUUGACCUGCAGCUGCUGGAGCGGGCUGCUCAGGGGGACAGAAAAGACAAAGAAGAUGGCUGGCUGAAAGUGCAAGCCACACCCGUCAUGGAAUUGGACCUAGAGCCACAAGACUAUGACUUGGACAUCAACAGAGAGCUCUCCAAGCCAGAGAAGGUCUCUAUCCCCGAGCGGUAUGUGGAACUCGAUCCUGAGGAGCCACCUAGCCUGGAAGAGCUGCAGGCACGGUACCGGAAGGCUGAGAAGAUAAGGAAUAUCCUCGCCCGAUCAAGCAUGUGCAACUUGCAGCCCGCAGGCCAGGACCGAAACAGCCUGGCAGACCUGGACUCACAGCUGCAGGAACAGGAACGGAUCAUCAACAUUUCCUAUGCCCUGGCCUCGGAGGCCUCUCAGCGCAGCAAGCAGGUAGCAGUGCAGCAGCUGGCCCUUCUCCCGCCUAAAGUCCCCCUGUCCUCCAGGACGGUGCCACCUUACCCCCCCUUAAGCAACGGACUACACUACACCUUUGUCUAACACCUUCCAACCCAGGCAGUAACAGACCCAUGAUCCAGUAUGCAGAGGAGAAGUCUGGAGCCAGGGGCCCAGCUCAACCAGCAUCUUCCUGAGACACUGUCUUCUUUGCCCCAGUGGAAACCCUUCCAGCAGAAUGGGGACUGUGGCUGGAGGAGAGAGCAGCCCACCCACCAUGGUGGGUUUAGCAUGGAGCAAGGACUCCAUCCUAACACAUGCCCAUUUGUUUCAGUCCAGAUUCAUUUUUACAGAUGACAGAAGCACUUUUGAUACACGAUGUGAAAUAUACUGUAUUUUAGAAUCAGAAUAUAUUUUGUAAUGCUCACCUCAAGGGUUGAGUGGCUGGAAGGUGAGCCUGCAGGGUUUUGUAGCCACACAUAGGGAUUCAGGUAC